UUCUGUCGCUGACUUGUUGCCCAGAAGUCGCCAAGACUGCCCGGGCUGCGCUUUGUUGCUGCACAGCUAGCUUAGCUUAGCUUGCAGGUCUAAUGGGCGGCGGUCUGUCUGCCUGGCGCCGCCGAGGCGCCGGUGGACGGUCAAUAAAAGCGCCUGUUGGUGGCCUGUUAGCCGCAGACACACCGACCUGCGGUGUGGCAGGUCCACCGAGGAGGAGCCGCGGACUAAGUGCACUGAAACAUGGGUCGUUGCAGUGUCCAUGUCCUGCUGCUGCUGUUGCUGAAGGCCCUGCACACAUCAGCUGAGGGCUCAGAUGGACAGUUGGUAUGUUUGUGUGAUAGCCCAACAUGCCCUCAGGUCACCCGCUGCCAGGGAACCCGGUGCUUCUCCUCUGUCAUAGUGGGCGGCAGCAGGGUGGAGUUUGAGCACGGCUGCCUGAAUGGGCCGGAAAAAAUCCUGUUGCAUUGCUUCACAGCGCCGUCCUUCCACCAGGCCAUUACCUGCUGCUCUGAGACCAUGUGCAACGGCAACAACACCAGGAGCACUCUCAUGGCUCUGCUUCCAUCAGAUGAGCCAGAGGGUGAGCCAGUUCGAUAUCGUGUUGAGACCUUGGCUCUGUUUGUACUCGGCCCAGUGGUGGUUCUGGCUCUGCUCUCUGUGGUAUCGGUACUGGCCUGCAGGAGGCUCCACCACGGCCGUCUGCACAGGCUGCAGGAAUUUGACACCGAGCAGGGAGCCAUCGACGGCCUCAUCUCCUCCAAUGUGGGAGACAGCACUUUAGCGGACCUGUUGGAUCACUCGUGUACGUCAGGUUCGGGUUCGGGUCUUCCCUUCCUUGUCCAGAGAACUGUGGCCAGGCAGAUCAGUCUGAUGGAGUGUGUAGGUAAGGGCAGAUAUGGAGAAGUGUGGCGGGGUCAGUGGCAGGGCGAGAACGUGGCUGUUAAAAUCUUCUCCUCAAGAGACGAGAAGUCCUGGUUCAGAGAGACCGAGAUCUACAACACAGUGCUGCUACGACACGAAAACAUACUGGGCUUCAUGGCAUCUGACAUGACUUCUCGAAACUCCAGCACACAGCUGUGGCUCAUCACCCAUUACCAUGAGAACGGCUCGCUUUAUGACUACUUGCAGCGGGUUGCCGUGGAAACGUCGGAGGGCCUGGCAAUGGCGGCGUCAAUAGCGUGCGGCCUCGUGCACCUGCACACCGAGAUCUUCGGCACAGAGGGGAAACCGGCCAUCGCGCACCGGGACCUGAAGAGCAAAAACAUCCUGGUCACAAAGGAGCUGCGCUGCUGCAUCGCAGACCUGGGACUGGCUGUGACCCACUUCCAGGCAGACAACGUGCUGGAUGUGGGCAACAAUCCAAAGGUUGGCACCAAGCGCUACAUGGCACCUGAAGUGCUGGACGAGACCAUUCAGACCGACUGCUUUGAUGCUUACAAGAGAGUGGACAUCUGGGCCUUUGGACUGGUGCUGUGGGAAAUAGCACGACGCACAUACAGCAACGGUAUCGUUGAGGAGUACAAGCCUCCGUUUUAUGAUCAGGUUCCAAACGAUCCCAGCUUUGAGGACAUGAGGAAGGUGGUGUGUGUGGAGCAGCAGAGGCCUUUCAUUCCCAAUCGCUGGUUCUCUGAUCCUACUCUCUCUGCCCUGGUCAAACUCAUGAAGGAGUGUUGGUACCAGAACCCCUCGGCCAGGCUCACGGCGCUGCGCAUCAAGAAGACCCUGGACAAGAUCCACAGCUCUCUGGAGAAGGGUAAGGAGUCGUGAGAGGGAGGAGCUUCAGAGGCAGCUGCCUGGUGUCAGAGGGGGGGGGU